CCCUACAAAAAGUUUCUUCAUACUACCAAUUCAACCUUCCCAAUUUUCAAAUUUCCUUUUUUCUAACCCUAAUUCCUCUUUCUUUCAUGCCAUAUAUCCAAUAACAAUUUUUCUACUCAUGGACUUGGUUUAUUCACCAAUGACCAAAUGCAUUUCGGUUCCAUUUCCUUCAUUCACUCAUCGACCACCACUUGCACUAUUUUCUAGGGUUUCCAUUUCGCCCAAAUAUGCAAAUUCUCGCCCAAAGAUGUGUUCUGCUUCUUCCAGUUCGGAUACACUUAUUGAAGGGCAUAAAUCUCUUGAAGUUGUUAGUAAGAAAGAAGCUGAAUAUGGGGACUUGAAAUCUUGGAUGCAUGACAAUGGAUUACCUUCUUGUAAAGUUGUUAUUAAAGAUAGGCCUUCUCAUAAUGCUAAACAUCUGCCCAUUCACUAUGUUGCUGCUAGUGAGGAUCUUCAGGCUGGUGAUAUUGCUUUUUCUGUUCCGGAUUCUUUGGUGGUAACGCUUGAGAGAGUUUUGGGAAAUGAGACCAUUGCGGAACUCUUGACAACAAACAAAUUGUCUGAACUAGCCUGCUUAGCGCUUUAUCUGAUGUAUGAGAAGAAACAAGGAAAGAAAUCAUUCUGGUACCCUUAUAUAAGAGAACUGGAUCGCCAGCGGGCAAGAGGUCAGCUAGCUGUGGAAUCACCUCUUCUCUGGUCAGAUGCUGAACUUGAUUACCUGACAGGGAGUCCAACUAAGGCUGAAGUUUUGGAGAGGGCUGAAGGGAUCAAGAGAGAGUACAAUGAGCUUGAUACAGUCUGGUUCAUGGCUGGAUCACUAUUUCAGCAAUAUCCAUAUGAUAUACCCACUGAAGCAUUUCCUUUUGAGAUCUUCAAGCAAGCUUUUGUUGCAGUGCAAUCAUGUGUUGUACAUUUGCAGAAAAUUAGUCUUGCCCGGAGGUUUGCACUAGUCCCCUUGGGACCACCACUAUUGUCCUAUUGUAGCAACUGCAAAGCAAUGUUAGCAGCUGUUAAUGGUGCAGUGCAACUGGCCGUUGACCGCUCUUAUAGCGCAGGAGAUCCAAUUGUUGUGUGGUGUGGACCACAACCUAAUUCAAAAUUACUUAUUAACUAUGGGUUUGUUGAUGAAGAUAAUCCGUACGACCGUCUUAUGGUGGAGGCAGCAUUAAAUACAGAGGAUCCACAAUAUCAGGACAAGCGACUGGCUGCUCAACGGAAUGGUAAACUAUCAGUGCAAGCUUUCCAGGUAUGUGUGGGAAAAGAAAGAGAGGCUGUGUUGGAGAUGCUUCCUUAUCUGAGACUGGGAUAUGUUUCAGAUCCUUCGGAAAUGCAGACUGUCUUAUCAUCUCAAGGCCCUAUUUGUCCGAUGAGUCCUUGUAUGGAAAGAGCAGUUCUUGACCAGUUAAGUGAUUAUUUCAAGGCAAGGCUGGCUUGUUAUCCGACCAUUCUAAGUGAAGAUGAGGCUUUGUUGGCUGAUGCUGAUCUGGAUCCAAAAAGGCGAGUUGCUACACAGCUUGUCAGGUUGGAAAAGAAAAUUCUAAAUGCUUGCCUGGAAACUACAGCGAACUUCAUUAAUCAAUUACCUGAUGACUCCAUAUCUCCGUGUCCGGCUCCUUUUGCUCCAACAUUGAAAUGAUAUAGAGAUUUUGGAUGAAUCUUCACUUUAAAAGCUGUGGAUAGAUUGAGCAUCUUUCUCAAGUGUAUUGAUACUGGGCCAACUAGACUGCUCCUCAAUGAGGUGAAACUUAUAGACGGUAGUUUAAAGAGACUAAACCAAUGGAGUAGUCCAAAAGGAUAUAUAUACGUUUGCUCUGUACAAUAUGCUGGCAGUUCUAUAAGAUCCAUCUUAGACCAAUGCUCUCCUCUUCAUUGUCAUUCUCCUUGAGCCUAACUGUGUAUUAGCCUUCUUUAUCUUUGUCUUCUUCUUUUCUAAAUUUUUCUCGUAUACAUUGAGUUACAAUGGUGAUGCAUUUAGGCGUAUAAAGAGAAGGUUCUUACUCGAUGCAGUGCAUCAUUGUGUUGCCAUCUAUGUGAUGUUAAUCAUUCUUUGUAAAUAUCGGUCUUGAUGUACCAUAUUCAAUCAGAUGUAAUGCACUAUGAACAUGUUCAUAAGUUGA